GCUAUGCCUUUGUUCACAUGGAAAAUAAAGAAGAUGCUCUUCAGGCUAUCGAGGCUCUUCACGGUACCUCCUUCAAAGGUCGACCCCUUUCUGUAGAGCUUUCAAAGGUCCAGCCCAGCAAGCAGGCGCCGACAGGGAAAAUCCCGUGUGUGAACUGUGGGAAGCAGGGCCAUUACGCUGGAGAAUGUCCUGUGGGGAAACCAUCUCUGGAACAGUACCAGAGUCAGGCAGCAGUCCUGGCUGCUGCCGCCGCGGCAGCUGCGGGCCUACCUCUACAGGUCCAACAAAGUGUGCACAAUUCAGUCUACAACACCUCCACCUUUGACCCCACAUACGCAGCUCUCACAGGGAUUACCACUGGCACACGUACUGAUGGAAACCCAGUGAAUCCAGCUGUUUAUGGUGCUCUUGCCAGUCAGGUGUAUGGUGCCAAUGUUGCCAAUCAGCUCUAUGGGUCAGUGGCCAGUCAAGCAGCUCUUACGUCAGGCGCCACACAGGUAUACAGUUCAAUGGCACCCAAUAUCUAUGGCCAGGUGGCUGCGUCGCCAGCAGCCGCAGCAGCAGCAGCCGCCGCCGCCGCCGCCUACUCAACGCCAGUGUACACCCCAGCUGUGGCCAACCCCCCCGUCUACCUGGCUGCUGCUCCAGGAUUAGAAAUGCCAGCAGCAGCAGCUGCAGUCAACCCUGCUUACUCUGUAGCUCCUGCAAUUUAUGGUGCUGCCACACCAGCCUACGCUCACAUCAGCGCCAUGGGAGCAGCAGACCCUGCUGCAGCCAUCUUUGAGGCAGCCAGGCAGGUUCAUUACUUCACCCAGGGCCAGCAGUUUGUGGCGGAUCAGCAGACAGCAGCUGCAGCUGCAGCAGUGGCUGCAGCAAAGUCUGGCGAGAGGGACCGUAGUCCCCUACGGCGGUCUGCGCCUCUACUUCCAGACCCUGUGAUGAAACCUUUUAUUUACCAGAGGGCCAAACCACGCAGGCCCCUUCUCCCUACACCAGCUGGCCGUGCAGCCGAAGAGGCAGUAGAGGCUGCAGAGGAUCCCAUGGCCAGGUACUACGCAGAGUACUACCAGCAGCUGCAGCAGUACCCUCAGUUCCAAUAUGCCUUCCCACAGAGCACAGUGACAGCCAUUGCUGGCAUGCCAGGGGUCUCAGCAGUUCCCACCGUACCUGCGUUGUCUGCCCAGCCGGUCGCCACGUUGGAUGCGCUCAGGCCAGUGGUCCCCACUGCUGCGGCAGUGGCAGCUGCUAUUGCUGCACCCAGGGUGUAUGAGCCGCCGUUGCCGCCGCCCACACGCAAGGAGGCCAUCCUCCACCGCCCUGAACUCUCCCUUCACACACCUGAGCCCCCCUUCCGAUAGUUGCACUCAACUGUCUGCCCCACCCUCCUCUCCCUCUCUGCCCCGAACCCCACCCCACAUACCUUUUUUCCACUCAAAACCUGACCACCGCUGUACGUAUGUGUGUUUGUAUGUGUUUGUGUGCCUGGGGGACUCUCAAGUGUGCAAGCUGGGCAUUUUAAACUAGGGGCCCUUUGGUUUGUCGAUGUGCUUCAUGAGGAACUCGAUCGGCUAACCUUGGUCCAGUUUGCGCGCACACAGUGCAGCCUAAAACUGGAGGCUCUCAUCUGUUGUAAGGGCAUUCUUUGCGCUUCUUUCUUUUACCUUUUCAUUGUGCCAGUCUCACACUUGUGCCAGUAUUAGGCUGACCCAGUCAGUUAUUUGAUAUGCCUUUAUUUCAGCAAUCCAGUUAUGAUUUUCUAAGGCCAAAUCUCCAGUAAACCACAUCAGCCAUUUUCCUGAGGCCUAGAUGAUCAGUUUGGGCAGCUAAUUUUAAACCUUUUUUGCCUUAUGUUGAUGAGUUUGUAACCUAAUCAGAUGGGAGGUCCGAUUGACACACAUUGUGUCCUGGCUGCACUGUACUGCGUCCUACAGAACCAAGGUUGAUUCAUUUCGCGGGAUGUUUGUCUUGGAUGUGAUGCGUGUGUGUGUAAACGAUCGGAGGUGUGCGGGCUCCUGACCUUGCAACGCACAAGUCGCUGCAGCUAAGACUGCACUUUGCUGAGGAAAAAAAAAAAGAAAAAAGUUAAAGCACACAUAUACGUACUGUAACAUUUGUUCGAAUCUCUCCUCAACCUUUUCUCCGAAUCCCAUCCCUCACCUUUAAACUACAACACCGCAAGACAUUGCUUCAUCUCUUUCUUUAUUUAUUUUUUCUAACUUACAGCUGCCUACCUCUUGUGUAAGUUUCAUAGAUUGUAAUUUGUUCAGUGUUACUCAGUACAUUUCAUCCUGUCAGCUGUGUUUUUGUAAAGCUUUGGUUUCAGUGUUUCAAUAGGCAAGACAGAUUUCAUUUGUAAUUUUCUGUUAAAUAUAUUUUGUACAUAGUUCUAUUAUAGUGUUCAGAGGCCUUUUACAAAAAAGAAAUAAUGUGUUUUGUUUGCAUCACUAUAGUUUACAUAUUACCUGGGAUGUAAUGAGUUGUAAGUGGAGGGUUAAAAUGUGUAACUACUGAAUUAGUUGUUUACAAAAGGAUCUUUGAAUUCAUUCUUUUAUAAAUCCUGAAUUUAAGUGACAAGGUCAGUUAUGUGCCUAUACACAUUGAGUGAAGUGCAUUAUGCGGAGACAUCUCCCAUUUUUAAGUGCUUUUGACAUUACUUUGAGGAAAUAUUUUAGGUGGUUUUGUCAGAGCUUAGACUCUAAGCUACAAGUGGUGAAACUUUCUCUGUGACUUGCGCAUCUGUAUUACAUUUGUUUUUAUAUCAAAUGGUUGUACAAAAGCCACAAACCUGAGCCUUGUGGGCUGAAAAUAAGCCUUUGUUUUUAAGCAGAAACAACAGUGAUAGCACCAAUGAAGUGAGAGAUGAAGCAGUGUCUUCCUGUGCCCCCAGAAUAUAUAUAUUUUCUAUUCUUUACCUACUGAACCUGGUUUACAUUCUAAUUGCAACAAAAUGUUUUAGCGCUUUUUAUUUAGUAGUUGAAUCCUUUAGGUAGGAUUUGUCACCACCACAAAACAAAUAAAAUUGGACUUACAUGUGCUAUUUUACAUUCAUGCUGAAGUCCUAAAGAUUGUGUCUCAAUGGGCUGUGACUGAUGGUUACCAGUUGGAGACGUAGUUGCGAUAAAAUUGCAAAUUUUCACUGGAAUCCUGCGAAUGAUGUGCAAAUGUUCUGUUGCAUCUUAAUCCCAAAGGUUAUCAAUUUUAUCAGUUAAUUCUCUUUAUUUCAUCUUCAAUCAGUCGCAAUAUGGUUUUAUUGGUUGCAAAACCUUCAACCUUGCAAUGUCGCUAAGUGAGUCAUAGAAGUUUUAUGGUCCAGUCUACUUGUAUUUUGUAGACCUGGACGAGGUUUAUGACCAUGUUCCUCAGGAUUCCUGUGGUAGGUGCUGGGAAAGUGUGGGGUGCCAUGGUUGCUUCUAAGGGCUAUCUGGACCCUACAUAACCAAAGCAGAAACUUUAUCUGCAUGGCACAAAGUCAAGCUCAUUCUCUGUUCAGGUUGGACUCUGCCAGAUAUUUCACUUGUCUCUGGUGCUCGUUGUGGUUGACAUUGACAGGAUGUCAAGGCGCAGUCCAUGAGAAGGUAGGUUGGGAACCUCGGCUUUGUUUUAUGCAGAUGAUGUGGUUCUGUUGGCAUCUAAAAGCCACAACUUUCAGCAUGCACUGGGGUGUUUCACAGCUGAACUGGAAAUGGGUGAAUCUGGGCAUUUUGUUCACAAGUGAUUGUAGGAUGGAGCCGGAGAUAGAUUGACAAAUUGAGGCCUCAUCCUCAUUAAUGAGGGCAUUACAUUGAUUGGUCUAGGUGGAAAAAGAUCCAAGUUGAAAGGGAAAGCUCCCGAUGUUCUGAUUUGUCUGCGUUCCACUCCUCACCUGUUAGAGGUKGACCGAUACAUCGGCCAGCUGAUAUUUUUGGACGAUAUUUGCGUUUUUUUCCUUGUAUCAGUAUUGGCCGAUACAUUCGUUCAUUUGGCUGAUCCACUCCUUUGAUCACACGAGUGCAUGCAUUGCGACUCCCUCCCUGAGAGCGAGCGGCUGGUAAUGUAAGACUGAGUGCCAACAACAACAAGGGUGAGUUUUCAACUUUUAAUUUAUUUUAGCUGUCUCAUUUAGCUUUAUCUGCCCUCUGUCUUGGACUAUGAGCUUUUAAAUUUCUAAAGAGCAAGCAAAGCGCCACUGUCCACCAUGGGCAUAUGUAAACCAGACACUGCUGAUGCACUCAUAUCAUGUACUGCAGUCUAAAGCUUGUUGUUAAUGUCAGCUGCAAUCUUUGCCCAGUUUUUUAAGAAAUGGCUGAAAAAUGAAGCCUAAACCAGAAAAGGCUCAGUUAAUAAAUGUUUCGUUUAGUUUAAAUUGAGACUUUUGUGACAUUUCUUCUUGUUAUUUUUAUCAUGUUAAUGGAGGAAAAAGAAAAGGAGCAUCGGCUUCAAGAAUCGGCCAAAAAAAUGCACACGUAUCGAUGUAUCGGUUAGACUGAAAUAAGUGGUAUCGGCCUUCAGAAAUUUGUAUCGGCUAAUCUCUAUCACUUAUGGUCAUGAGGUUUAGGUCAUGACUGAAGGAUCAAAAUUUUGGAUGCAAGAAGUCAAAAUAAGCUAACUUCGUAGGGUGGCCGGGUUCAGCCAUAGAGYUAGGGGGAGGAGCUCCAUCAUCUAGUGAGAGCUUGAAAUUGAGCUUCUGCUCUUCUGCAUCAAAAUAAGCCAGUUGAUCUGGUUUGGGCAUUUGAUGAUGACCCUCCCUUUGGAAGUUUCCUUGGCAUGUCCUACUGGUAAGCAACCCCAAGGCAGACAGAACUUGCUGGAUGGAUUAUAUAUCCUUUCUAGCAUAGGAACGCCUUGGGAUCCUCUAGGAGGAAAUGGAGAGGGUUUCUCUCAGCAAGCCGACCACAGAUGAACAGUAGGAGAUGGAGGCCACAAAUCCCUCCCCACGUUAUCUCACACUUCUUGCACUUCCUGAUUCGUGGAAACUAAAUUGAGAAAAAUCCAAGAUGUGUUCCAGACGUUUGCAACAACUAUUUAAAGAGUAUUUUUGUUGUGCAAAUUUUUGGAACACGUUCAAAAUUCCAGCGACAAAAACAAGGACCUUUAACCGGCGCAAUGAAAUUUAGAUUCCACACAAGUAUUUGGAAACCACCCCGCGAAUGCCAGUCACAACUGAUCACUAAAAAUUACAACCCAAUGAGAUACAAGUCUAUUUGGCAAACUUCAUUUGUCUAGUUUUACAAUUGCUUAAAACAUUCAGAUUAUUUGAUUUGAUUUCUUCUUUUUUUUGUUUGCAACUACAGUUUUACAGUAGUAAAACGCACACACAAACAGACCCUCUGAAUUCACCUGACUGCCUCAUUGUUUCCCGUUCCCACCCACCCCUCCUCCUCCAGUGGUUUUUAGUAGUUAAGUGACUUUUGCAUGUCACAGUGUAAACUUUGUCUCGUAUAUAUUCAAACACAUACCAGUUGCAUCCUUUGUAGAAUUAUGUGGUUUGCGAAAUGUCUUGUUUGCCAUGUGUUUUUUAGAAAAGUAUUUUAAUGUAGCCCUUUUUUAUAGAAAAGAGUGGGGGGAAGAAAGGACAAGUAAAAAAUAGCAUGCUUUUUAUUGAGAUUAUGUAAACUAUAAAACCUUAUAAUAAAGAAUGUUUGGCUGACUACUGUGGUACAAGAAAGCAAA